GAAAGUUCUACAACUCAUGACAGCGAAAAUUUUCACAAUACCGACCCAGACUCACCAACCUCGGCUUCCAACUGCUCCAAACACCAAACUCGAGUCGCAAACUUGUAAGGUGAACUGUGAGUCAAGUCUCCAAGGCAAUCAAAACACCACGGAAUUCUUCGCUUUGAGCGAAACAGAUCAGUAUGUUCUCACAAGACUGCUUCCCGUACGAGCCAGAAUCUGGGUUGUGUAUCCACCAGCGCGACAGCACGCAAUUUUUUCUGCUUGGGUGUAAGACAUCCUCUUCCAGCAAUGUGUAUUUACGCGAGCUGCUUGGCCCUACGAUAAACCUGCCAGCCAUGCCUCGUAGCUGCCGCGCUAUCGGUUUACCUCAUUGGAGUGGCUUCAGCACGGCACCAGAGCGAAUCACACCGCCUGGGGAACUGAAAGCCUCAGACCUCUUGAGAGAUCGCGGCAUGACGCCCACUUACAACCCUCCGGCAGGCGAGUGGUGCUACUUGGGCGCAGAUCAGCCAAAGCCCAUCGUACAGCCAGUCAAGUUUCGCGUCCAUGACCAUCGCGAGCGAAGGCGAGGAACAGACAUGAGCUGGAUGAAAGUGAGCGAGCAAGAUGAGGAUGCCAGACCGAAAACGAGCACAGCACCUAUCCAGUUUUUCAGGCAAGCGCCGAGACGAGUAAACACCAGUUCAGAGCUCACAGCGUCCUUUGAGACAAGAUCGAUGGAGAGAAGAUUGACGUUGGCGGAGGAAUUCGCGUCCGAGGGAUUGGACUGUACGGAACUUCCUUCAACAUUCGACUCAGACGACGAAGAGGAAUGUGAAGAUAUCUGGCAUGCCCGUCGAUGAGACAAUAGAGGCUGCUAAGCACCACUGCCUGCUUGAUGGUCAACAGGUGUCGCAAGGGGUAGCUAGGGGUGAAAUAGCGGGCACAGGAACAAAGGUCCACACGUGCAUCGGUUGGAGAGUCAUGCUGCCACAAGGC